AUGGGGCCCCCGGGCAAUAGGGGAUCAUGGGGCCCCUGUGUCUUUGCCCAAACUAAAAAAAGCCUAUGAAAAAGGUACUAGGGGCAUUUCAUGGGGCCCCUACUGACCCCGGGCCCUCAGGCAGUGCCCGAGUUUCCAAAUGGUCAGUCCGCCCCUGGGGGUGCCAUUAAGCAUUACUUCAAGCAGGGGUGGACUGACAACUCAUGGGGCCCCCGGGCAAUAGGGGAUCAUGGGGCCCCUGUGUCCUUGCCCAAACUCAAAAAAGCCUAUGAAAAAGGUACCAGGGGCAUCUCAUGGGGCCCCCUACUGACCCCGGGCCCUCGGGCAGUGCCCGAGUUUCGAAAUGGUCAGUCAGCCCUUGGU